AUGCUGCAGAGAACGUUAAGAACACCUGCCCUCCGCGGCGCCCUCGCCUCCCUCUCUCCCCGCGCCACUCCAGCCUCUCUCCUCCCUCGCAUAUCAUCCUCUCUCUCCCAAACACGGCUGCUCUCGCAGGAAGUACGUGCGGCGAUCGACAGAGCCGUCGCCUCGGCGCCCGUGGUGCUGUUCAUGAAGGGCACCCCGGAGACACCGCAGUGUGGAUUCUCCCGAACGUCGAUUCAGAUCUUGGGAUUGCAGGGCGUGGAUCCGAGGAAAUUCACCGCUUUCAAUGUCUUGGAGGAUGAGGAGUUGAGGAGUGGAAUAAAAGAAUACUCCGACUGGCCCACGAUCCCCCAGUUGUACGUCGACAAGGAGUUCAUCGGCGGCUGCGACAUUCUGAUCAACAUGCACAAGGACGGCAGUCUCGCGGACCUACUCGCCCAGAAAAAAGUCAUCAUCACAGAAGACGGCGACGAAGAUGUCGAAUCCACACCAGCUGGUGGAGACAAGAGUGGUGGAGACGUGGAGGGCCACAAGGCACAGGAGGUAAGGGCGGAGACGGAGCAGAGUACCGGGGCAAGGUCGAAGGAUGCGAAAGGGGAGAGUUCGUGA